AUGGCUGAGCUAGCUCUGCUUAGUGCCUCGGUGAAGGCCAUUGUACAGGGUCCGCUGGACAAGGUGAUUUCUCUAGUCAACAAAGAAUUUAGCCUGAUCUACGGCUUCAAGAAAGAUCUUGAAAAGCUGAGAGGAUCACUGGCCAUGAUACAGGCGUUCUUGCGAGAUGCUGAGAGACGACCAGUUGGAGAAGAAGCUGUAAAACUGUGGCUGGAGAAACUUGAAGGCGUGGCUUAUGAUGCUGAUGAUGUACUGGACGAGAUGAACUACAAAAUUCUCCAACACAAAGUAAAGCUACAUAAGAAAGCGGAAAGCAAGGUAAAAAUCUUCAGCUUGCUCUCAAAUCCCUUUUCUUUUAACAAGAAAUUGGCUGGUAAACUCAAGGACAUAAAUUCAGACUUGAAAAGGAUUAACCAGGAAGCAAAUGAGUUCGGCCUUCAGUUCCAUAUCAGAGACGUGGAUGCAGAUUCUGCUGCUGCUGCUGUGUUUUCUCAUUCCAUAGCAAGAAGCAGAGAGACUGACUCAGUAAGUGUUGAUCCUAAUGUUCUGGGAAGAGAUAAUGAUAAAUCUGAUUUAGUACAAACAUUGAUGAGAUCAAGGGAUGAAGUUGUUUCAGUUAUUCCCAUUGUGGGAAUGGGUGGAUUGGGGAAAACAACUUUAGCUCGGUUAAUAUACAAUGAUGAAAGAAUUAAGAACUACUUUGAUGCAAGAAUUUGGGUUUGUGUAUCUGAAAGUUUUGAUGUAACUAAGCUCUUUGCCAUGAUGCUCGAAUCAUUGACACAAUCGCAUGUUCAAGUACAGGGCAGGGAAGCCAUAGUGAAAAACCUUCAAAAGGUUAUAGGGGUUGGAAGAUAUCUUCUCAUACUAGAUGAUGUUUGGAAUGAUAAAGCUGAUAAAUGGGAUGAUUUUAAAAGAUCAAUGGAAGGGAUCAACACAACCAAGGGAAAUAGCAUUGUUGUGACUACACGUAGCGAACAAGUAGCUUCAAUAGUUGCGACGCUACCCCAACAUUUCCUUAGAAAGUUAUCUGAAGAAGAUUGUCUGUCAAUAUUGAAAGCUAGAGCAUUCCCAGGAGGGGAAGUUCCAAGGGAAUUGGGCGCCAUAGGGAAGAAAAUUGCAGCCAAGUGUCAAGGUUUACCAUUAGCAGCAAAUCUGGUAGGAGGAAUUUUACGCAACAAGGGAAAAUCUGAGUGGAUGUCAAUUUUGAAUGACGGCCUUUCUCAUGUAAAUGGAGAUGAAAAUGGUAGUAAUAUCUUGCAAAUAUUGAAGUUGAGCUUUGAUCAUUUGCCAACUCCUGCUGCUAAAAAAUGCUUUGCUUAUUGCUCAAUCUUUAACAAGGAUUUCAAUUUGAAAAAGGAACAAGUGGUUCAACUAUGGAUGGCAGAAGGAUUUUUGUAUUCAAAUCAAGGAAGUGAUGUGAUGGAGCAAACGGGGAGAAAGAUUUUCCACAUUUUAGUGCAAAACUGCUUACUUCAAGAUGUGGAGAAGGAUAUAUAUGAGAACGUCAUUAGCUGUAAGAUGCAUGAUCUUGUGCAUGAUCUUGCAAGUUCUGUUUCAAGUGCCAAAGGCAGAUGCCUCACAUUGAGCACAUCAAGUGAAGCACCCCAAAAUCUGUUGGAAGAAAAGGAAAGAAAUCUGCGCACGUUGUUCCUGAAAUAUGAUGUUUCUCACCAAGUGUUGCUAGAGUUUGUAUUCUUGCGUGUACUAAAUCUGGAGGAUGCAGUAGUUGUUAAGGAACUGCCCUCCAAAAUAAAAAAGCUAACACAUUUAAGAUAUCUUGAUCUGUCAGGAACCCACAUUAAGGUUCUGCCAAACUCCAUUUGCAAGCUGUAUAAUUUGCAAACUCUGAUUUUCCUCAAUCUAUUUGGUUCUGUCGAUAAGUUUCCACCAAAUUUUAAGAAUUUGAUCAGCUUGAGACACCUUCAUUUUUAUUUUCCGGAAAGAUUUCAAAUGCCACUUGGGAUGGGAAAACUGACUGAUCUUCAAACAUUGUCAUGCUUUUUGUGGAUCAAGAGAAGGAGUCUAGGGUGCUUGAAUAAUCUUGGAGGUGAAUUGAAGAUACGCAAUCUAGAACUGGUGAAGAUGCAGAAGAAGCCAGAAGUGCAUAGUUAUCUGGAAAGCCAAAUAUUACAAAUUGGAAUAUUACUGGGGAACAAAUAG